GGCGCAAGUUUGCUCUUUUGUGCGAAACAUCCAUACCCAAACUCUGACAAUGUCUAUGGCGAGUUUGUAUCGGCGGUCUCUUACUUCCCCGCCGGCGAUAGAUUUCGCUUCUGUUGAAGGCAAGCAAAUCUUCAAUGAAGCGCUUCAGAAAGGCACUAUGGAAGGAUUUUUCAGGCUGAUUUCUUAUUUUCAGACUCAGUCUGAGCCAGCUUUUUGUGGGUUAGCUAGUCUUUCUAUGGUUUUGAAUUCUCUUUCUAUUGACCCGGGGAGAAAAUGGAAAGGGCCUUGGAGGUGGUUUGAUGAAUCAAUGCUGGAAUGUUGCGAGCCGCUUGAGAUUGUGAAGGAUAAGGGCAUUUCAUUUGGGAAAGUUGUCUGUUUGGCUCACUCUUCAGGAGCAAAAGUCGAAGCUUUCCGCACAAAUCAGAGCACCAUUGAUGAUUUCCGCAAAUACGUGGUCAAAUGUUCCACUUCUGAUAAUUGUCAUAUGAUCUCAACAUAUCAUAGAGAAGUACUCAAGCAGACUGGAACAGGCCAUUUUUCACCUAUUGGUGGUUAUAACGCUGAAAGAGAUAUGGCUUUGAUUCUUGAUGUCGCUCGUUUCAAGUAUCCUCCUCACUGGGUUCCUCUUAAACUUCUUUGGGAUGCCAUGGACAGUAUUGAUCAGUCAACAGGGAGACGUAGAGGGUUCAUGCUUAUAUCGAGACCCCACAGAGAACCAGGAUUGCUCUAUACACUAAGUUGUAAGGAUGAGAGCUGGAUCAGCAUUGCAAAGUAUUUGAAGGAAGAUGUCCCUCGUCUUGUAAGCUCACAACAUGUUGAUACUAUUGAAAGAAUCUUAUAUGUUGUAUUCAAGUCACUUCCGGCAAAUUUCAACCAAUUUAUCAGAUGGAUGGCUGAGAUUCGAAGAACAGAGGAUGUCAAUCAAAAUCUCAGCUCAGAGGAGAAAUCAAGGAUCGACUUAAAGCAAGAGUUACUGAAACAAGUGCAAGAAACUAAACUGUUCAAGCACGUGGAAAAGUUUCUAUCAUCUGUGGGUUACAAAGACAGUCUGCCAUAUGUUGCUGCCAAGGUUUAUUGCGAAGGAGAUGAAAUCUUAUUGGGAAAUGAAUCAGAUGAGUCCUGUUGUGAGGAAACUUGUGUCAAAUGUAUUAAAGGUAUUGGUGAGGAGAAAGUGACAGUGGUAGCUUGCCCAUCCGGGAACGAUGUGUUCACUGCUCUUCUGUUGGCUUUACCUCCACAGACUUGGUCAGGUAUCAAAGACCAGUCACUUUUGCAAGAAAUGAAGCAGCUCAUUUCCAUGGUUAGCCUCCCGACUUUGCUUCAACAAGAGGUACAUAACUAAGCCAAUUCUUCACUUGGAAUCCGUGUUUUUAUGGAGUUAAAAAGGCUUUUAUAUCUUCUAAUUGUUAGGACAAGAAACAUAAAUGAAACUGAGUGGUAUAGACUGAGGAUUACCUCUUUUUACGGCUGAAAUCCAGAAUCCAUCAGUUGAGAAAAAUGAAGUAAAAUUAGUUAA